CAGAAAGGCAGAACCUCCUGUAGCAGGCUCUUAACAUCAGAGCGGGCAACCCUGAUAAAAUGAAGCUGGUGUGUUUCCUAGUUUUCCUCGCCCUCCUCAGCAUGGAAGCCCUGUCAGGCGAGGCACGACCCGCAGCGGAGAGCAAAUCUCGAUUUGCCAUGCUCGACGACGUCCAACUGCUGGCGACGGGGCUGCUCCAGCUGGGCCAAAGUCUCAAAGAAUUUGUGCAAAAGACCAAGGGCCAGAUCAACGACAUCUUUCAGAAGCUCAGCAUCUUCGACCGCUCAUUCAGCCAGCUCUCCGAUGUUACCAACGUUAUCAAGGAGGAAGAGGAGGAGCUGAAAAAGACCACAACCUUCCUCAAAGCCAACAAUGAGGAGAUUAAGAAUCUCUCGCUGGAGAUCAACACCAAGGUGGACAACAUCAUGCAGGAACGUAGCCAGCUCCAGACUAAGGUAGGGGGGCUGGAGGAGAAGCUGACAGGCCUCUCCAAAAAUAUAAUCCCCCCAGACCAAUUGGUGGAGAUCACUGCCCUGAAGGAAAUAAUUGAGACCCAGGAGAAGAACAUCCAGAAUCUGCUGAAGGCAGUCAAAGAGCAACAUGAUCAGCUUGACUAUCAAAGCCGAAAGAUCAAAAACCUGGAAGAAAAGCUUAACACGGAUGUUUUCCAAGAAACACUGGAAAAACAAAAUUCUAGAAUACCAGAGAAUCUCUCAGAGUACCUCACAAACAGCUCAAAAAAUACCAGCCUUCACACGAUGGAUCUUCCGGCAGACUGUAAGGAGGUCUUCAACAGAGGAGAGAGGAACAGCGGGGUGUAUUCCAUAAAGGCCAAUCAAUCAGAGCCAUUCAAUGUGUACUGCGACAUCACUGCCGAUGGAGGGGUCACUGUCAUACAGCGCAGACAGGAUGGGUCGGUGGAUUUCGAUCAAACUUGGGAGAAGUAUGAAAGUGGAUUUGGAGAUCUCAAGGGUGAGUUCUGGUUGGGCCUGGAGAAGAUCCACACCAUUUCUAGACAGGGGGAGUCGAUUCUCCUAGUACAACUGGAGGACUGGAAAGGGGACAGGCACUUCAUGGAGUACCAGUUCACCUUGGAGGGCCCCUCUUCGCAGUACACCAUCCACUUACAGCAUGUGUCUGGCGAAUCUUUGGGUGUCAUGAGCAACCAAACCAGCGUGAGGUUCUCCACAAAAGAUCGCAACAAUACCAACUCAGAAAUGAACUGCUCGCAACAACUCACAGGUGGCUGGUGGUUUAACCCAUGUGGAGACACCAACCUGAAUGGGAAGUACAUCCGGAUGAGACCAAAGAGCCAGAAAGAGCGGAAGAGCGGAAUCCACUGGAAACCCAACCAUGAGAACUCCUGCUUCCUGAAGGCCACCAAGCUCUCCCUCCGGCACAUGCAGCACUGAAGUGAGCAAGACGACGAUCAUGCUGCCAACCUCUAGGGCAAUAGACUUCCAAGAACAGCCCAGGUAGAGGGGUCUGACUCACUACAUCGCUGGACUUAAUGUUCAAACCACAGAGGAUAUCGACCCAUCAAAUUUCUAAUAGCUAGGCUUCUGGGGAAAAUGUCAAACACGACCUGUUCAACCAUUCACCUGGCGUAAUACAAAGAUCCAGUGAGAAAGCUAUUGAAGGACAAAGAAGUCAUUUAUGAACGUUUUACCAUUUCAGAAGGGUAGACUGCGGAUCUCUACCGUGUUUCCUCUUGCUUAUCAGUACAUGCGAUUCCACAUUAUGCAACACAACAAUGUUGGCACAGACACCCCUGUAACACACUAUACACGCCAAUCAGCUACAGGUACACGCCAAUCAGCUACAGGUGCUCUCUGACACGCAUUCACCAAAACAGCAACUGCAGUAAACUAGACGCUUGUUUUUGUAGGUGUGUUUUUCAUUUGUUUUUAACUUUAUACCAAACUAUUUUUCCAGUGGAAGAACAUGGUAAGAAUAAUACAGCUCUUUUUUCCAAACCGCCUGCAUGUAAUCAUAUCCUGUACUGCUAUUUUUGGGUCAUAUUGACUCCUGACAAGUUCCUCUUACAGACUGUAUAUAUUCUGUAAUGAAUACUGCAAUGUUUACAGGAUGACUACUUUCCCUUGGGCAAGCCAAAUUAAAUGUUAAGAGGUAUUGCAGGUUUUAAAAAUGAUUAAAGAAUUUAA